UCCGCCGUGACGUCACCGCCAAUGAGCGCCUUCCAAAUAACAACAUGAUGGCCACGCUAUGCAGGUCCGUGGCAUUGGCUGUUUUACUGACAUUGGUCUCGGCUGUUGACCGAGGCAAUUUCAAAAGCUGCCAGCAAAGUAGUUUCUGCAGACGACAUCGUGCUGUGAAACCAGGGGAAAGUCCAUAUACACUCCUCACUGACACAGUGACAGUAAAUGAUGCAGGACUAGUAGGAGAUGUCAUUAAUGAAAAUAAUAGAAUUGUUUUUACUUUAGAAAUAUACCCUCUAAAGGAUUCUACUGUGCGCAUUAAAAUAAAUGAAAAAAAUCCUAUCAAGCCCAGAUUUGAGGAUCCGUAUGCCUUAGUAAAGGAUAUUCAUGGAGAAAGCUUUGAGGUUGUUGAUCAAUCUGCUCAAGGAGUGACCGUCAAAUUUGGAUCACAUCGUGCUGUUGUAAAUGCAAAACCUCUGAAGAUCGAUAUCUAUAAUGGCAAUGAUCUUGUGGUGAGCACAAAUGCUCGGGGACUUCUCAAAUUUGAACACUACAGGAAUAAACCUGGAAAUGAGGAACGCCUGCAGAGGAGAGGGAGAGCCCAACCCCUUCCAGCGACGAUCAGGAGGAGGAAAAGGAGGGUUUUGGGGGAGGAGUCCUUCAAGGGCAAUGACACAAAGCCUUUUGGCCCCGGCCUGUGGGAGGAUAUAUCUUUGUCAACCCAAGCAGUUAUGGAAUACCAGAGAUGCGGACUCUUCUCUUUGAGAAAAACCAAGUGGGAGCUGGGUGAUGACUCUCGUGGUCCCCAGCCCCCACUGUUACUACGCACCAUCACCUGCGGCAAUGACCCUACCGUUGUACAAUUGGAUGUUUUGAAUAGAAGUGGACAAACCCAGGUCUAUAUUGUGAAUUAUGGAGAAGGCAUAGACAAAUCUUUUUGCUUCUUAUUACAGAAAUUGCCAGAUAGCAAUGUUGUGUCUUCCAUCACUGGUUUCUUCUCCAGUGGAGAGACUGACCCUCCACAGGUAUCUACACAUUGGUUCUCCGAGUCUGGCAUCAUUGACGUGUUUGUCAUGCUAGGACCAAAACCCAUGGAUGUCUUCAGACAGUAUGCAGGUCUUACAGGAUCUCAGAACCUUCCCCCGCUUUUUAGUCUGGGAUAUCAUCAGUGCCGCUGGAACUACAAUGAUGAAGAGGAUGUACGUCAAGUGCAUGAAAACUUUGACAAACAUGAUCUUCCUCUGGAUGUGAUGUGGUUAGAUAUUGAACACACUGAUGGGAAAAGGUACUUCACAUGGGACCAUUACAAAUUCCCGAACCCAUUGGAAAUGACGGCCAACCUCACUGCAAGAGGCCGCAAACUUGUGACCAUUAUUGAUGUUCAUUUCAAACGGGACAGUAAUUAUUUCUUUUAUAAAGAAGUUCAUGAUCGAGACCUUUUUGUUCAUACAAAAGAUGGAAAUGAGUUUGAUGGUUGGUGCUGGCCAGGUUCUUCAUCCUAUAUUGAUAUGACUAAUCCGGAUGCGCGAGAACACUACAGUGACACUUACCGACUUGAUCGAUACAAGGGUUCCACCUUGGAUACAUUCACAUGGAAUGACAUGAACGAACCCUCUGUCUUCAAUGGACCCGAAAUCACGAUGCCCAAAGACAAUUUACAUCCUGGCAUUGGGGUAGAACACAGAGAAAUUCACAAUGCAUAUGGAAUGCUGUUUCAUGAAUCAACUUAUGAAGGCCACAUGAAAAGGUCGGACAGACGCUUGCGACCCUUCAUUCUCACGCGCGCCUUCUAUGCUGGAACACAGAGAAGUGCAGCUGUGUGGACUGGUGACAACACAGCUGAAUGGAGUCAUCUGCGCAUAAGUCAGCCCAUGUUGCUGUCUUCUGUUACAGGGAUCACUCAUGUUGGUGCUGAUGGGGGCUUCUUUGGUAAUCCUGAUGUUAACCUGCUUGCUCGAUGGUAUCAGAUCCCUGUAUUCCAGCGAGGUGGAAGUAUUAUUCCUCGUAAGGACAGACCCCUUGGGUUUGAUGGGAAGGCACAAGGCACACUAUACAUAGAUGAUGAACACACUUUUGAUUACAGACAGGGGAAAUUCUUGUACUUGGCUUUCUCAUAUGAAGAUGGUGUUUUGACCUCAAAGAAGAUUGAUCCAAAUGGAAGCUAUGAUACUGCAUCCUGGCUAGAACGAGUUAUCGUCAUAGGACUCCACAAGCAAGCUACAAAAGUAUCAGUCAAUAGUGCCACAGUGGGCACCCGGGACUUGGAAAGCACGUUUGAAAGUGGAAGUGCCACACAGGGAAGCCAGCAAAACCAACGCAAACCGGAGUCAGUUGAUGUUACAGAUGUGAACUGUGAAGAAGUUCAGGUUCCUACAGGAAUGAGAGAUUUGAAUACUUUAUGGAAGUUCAACUUGGACAUAGUCAAAAUAUAUUUGGAAGGGGAAAAGAUUAUACCAGUGGUUUUCAGGCGGUGGUCCCUUGAGACUGGUAUCCUGGAAAAAAAUUACCCCAAGGGGGCUCUUAGUCAUCGAUCAUGA